AUGAUUAGCAUUUUAAGCUGGAAUAUCAGGGGCAUAAAAAGCUCCAUUGAAAGGCUAUGCCAGCUCAAUAGACAACACAAAAUUCAGUUCCUUGCUAUUCAGGAACCAUUUUGCAAAACCACAAAACUUGACAGAUACAGAAGACGAUUGGGUUAUAAUUUUGCUUAUGCUAACUGCAACAACAUGAUAUGGAUAUUUACUGAUGAAGAUGUUGAAUGCCAAGUCUAUUCUGACACUGAACAACAACUUUCUUGCUUUAUCAAGAUUGGAGAUGACACUAUUUCCAUCACUACUGUUUAUCCCAAGUGUAAAGCUUCUCUCAGGGAAUCUCUAUGGGAAGAUCUCAGCCUUAUUGCUUCCAGUCAGAAUCUUGAAUGGAUGGUUUUAGGAGAUUUCAACUAUAUUACUGAUCAAACUGAGAAGAUAGGAGGAAAUCCACAUAGAAUGGAGAAGAGUUUACCUCUUCUUGAAUGUAUUGGAGACUGUGAUCUUUAUGACCUGGGCUUCAUUGGUUCUUCCUUUACUUGGUCUUGUAACAUUAGUCAUAUUAAAUACUUCAAAUUCUUGAACUUUUGGGUGGAUAAACCUGAUUUUCAGGAUAUUGUGAAGCAAGCUUGGCAGAUAGAUGUACAGGGUUCUCAGGAACAUCAUUGGAGACAUUUUCGAGCUUACAAAAACAAUGGAAAAAAAGUGGCUAAUCUUGAGGAUGUUUGCCUUCAAGACAACUCUACUACUAAUAUGGUUAACCUUAAUGAGGCCAAUGCUUUACUAAUCAGGCAUUACAAGACUGAGGAAGCCUUCUGGAGGCAAAAGGCUGGUAUUAAGUGGCAUGCUGAAGGGGAUCUAAAUACAAAAAUUUUCCACUCUGUUAUUACUUCCAGGAGGCAAAGAUUGUCUCUCAAGAAGAUAAAAAAAUGGGGAAGAGAGGAUAAUGAGAUGCUAUGCUCUAUUCCCACCAUGCAAGAACUCAAAGACACUGUUUUCUCAAUGGAUCCUGGAAGUGCACCAUGUCCUGAUGGCAUGACGGGUAUUUUUUAUCAUAAAUGCUGGGAUAUUAUUUCUACUGAUCUUCUUAACAUGAUUAUUGAGAUUUUUAAGGGUGGGAUUAUUAAUAGGGCUAUUUCUCACUCCUGCCUGAUUUUAAUCCCCAAAGUCAAAUCUCCUCAAGAAUUUUCUGAUCUUAGACCAAUUAGUUUAAGUAAUUUUUCUUGCAAAAUUCUCUCUAAAUUGAUUAAUGGUAGACUUACCAGUAUUAUGGAUAAGAUUAUCUCGCAAAAUCAAUCUGGCUUUAUGAAAGGUAGGUCUAUUAGUGAGAAUAUUACUCUUACUCAAGAGAUGGUGCACAAUAUGAACAAAGCUGAGCCCGAUGACAAUGUUGUUAUGAAAUUAGAUAUGGCUAAGUUGGGUUUCUCUGACUCAUGGGUUGAUCUGAUUCAUCGUAUUAUCUCUAAUAACUGGUAUUCCAUUAAUAUAAAUGGUACCAGGAAUGGUUUUUACAAAUCCACUAGAGGUCUUAAGCAGGGCGACCCCCUUUCUCCUUCUUUGUUUGUUAUUGGAGCUGAAUUGUUAUCUAGAAUGCUGAAUCAUUUGAGCAACGACAGUUUUGUUCCUUUUACUUGCAAAAGUAAUGGACCUUCUAUUACCCAUUUGUGCUAUGCUGAUGAUACUAUCCUUUUCAGUUCUGGGGAUCGCAAUUCCAUCACUAUGAUGAUGGAUAAACUCAGUGAAUAUGAGAAAAUCUCUGGUCAACCUGUUAACAAGAGAAAAUCUGGUUUCAUGGUUCACUCCAAGGCUAGUGACUCUUUUAUCCAGGAUAUUAUUAAUCUCACUGGUUUUGCUCAUCAAAAACUCCCUUUUAAUUAUUUGAUCAGUCCUAUUUUUGCUUGGUAG